AUGUGCGAGGACGCCUACGAGUUACUACCCAUGCUGUUGCAAGCGGGUGCAGAUUUUGAAGCACGGGAUCGAGCCGGUCGUACUGUGCUUUUUAGGCACAUUGACUCCAUUCAAAUCUCUAGGUCAAACCCUACGCUCUUCCAGACCUUGAUUGAUCUGGGUGCCCGUCUUGACACACGCGACUUCAAAGGACGGACUCUCCUGCAUCAAUGCUGUCACCAAAUUAAUCGACUAGACCAUAUGAUAAGUCUGGGGAUUGACCCCACUCUCGCAGAUUAUGAGGGAAAUACGCUUUUGAUUGAGACUGCCGCCUCGAAAAUUUCCAAUUUCAACAAGGUGAAAACCCCCAACGAGCACCUGCGCUCCCUUGAUUAUGUCCUUGAGAUUUGCAAUAAUCCGAAUCCCUGUGACAUUGAUGGUGUUCAACCGCAGCACCUGGCUGCGACAAUCUCUGAGGUCUAUGUUUACAAGCUCCUUAACUCUGGGGCUGACAUAUUUGGAGUAACGAAUGAAGGAAUGUCCGCCCUUCACACUGCAGCCCAGGUACGCCAGCCUAAUAUCGUCGGUCUUCUCUGCUCUAGGUUAUUGGAACUAGGGGACGACAUGCGAAGAACAUUCAUCAAUCAGCAAAAUACUGAAGGCCAAACAGCACUUCACCUUGCUUGUCGUUCGGGACGUCCUGAGACUGUUCAAGUCUUGCUCGAAUCCGACGCAGAAAUUCAUUUGAUGGAUGAGACUGAACUAAAUCGCUCCUUAUUUAAGGAGUCCGGCGUUUUGCUCAAUGACAUGAGACGCCCAUGCUCUGAUCAGGAUGGCGCUUGUAGCAUGGGCGAUGCGAUAUUGGAGUUACUGGUGCUUCAGGAUCCUAUUCCACUUGCCAAAAGUCGCUCAUUUAGUUUCGCAUUCUACGAAGCUGUGUCAAACCAUCACGAAUAUACUGUAGAUUGCUUCUCACGGCUGUGGACACGCAUGUGCCCAGAUAUCCCAUUUAACCAUUCAAACCGCAUGGAGUACCUCACGUCAAAAUACCGCCUCGAAGCGACCCGACAAGCGCUGAGAGGAUACAGCAAGUUUGACGACGCUGACCACCCAUCUAAGAGCCUUGAAUUUAUGGAAGGGCUGUUGUUCCGGAGACAAUACGGAAUACUUGAGGAAUUUAUCGCAAAGCAAGGCGAUCCUUUUCGUAUCAACCACGAUGCUCAUUCCCUGCUACAUUCUCUUGUUAAAUGGGGCUUUAAAGAUAUACUGGCCCGGGUCUGUCCCCGUGAUGCAAUCCUCGAUCUGGAUGACCACGAAUGGUGCCAAAUGGCAGAGGCAAAGGCAAGUUGCUCCCAGUCGAGCGUCAUUAGGUCUCUAUUAGUAGCUGCCUGUCUAUCCGAGCUGCCUAAUAUGAGCGUCUUGGAAUUUCUUGUUGAGGAGAUUGGAGUCAACCUGGAUAUCAAAUGCCGAUCGCCAUCACUGGGAAUACAAGAACUUAUUUUUGUUCCAUCUGGUGGACCUCUCCAUCAAGUUGCUGCUGGAGGGAACUGGUGGCAUGUGGCAAAGGCGUUGCCAUACUUGAUCAAAAUGGGCGCUAAUGUGGAGCUACGCCCGUUCCAUAAAGAUGCUGCAAAGCUGCUCAUUGAGUACGGAGCAGAUGUGAAUGCCGUGGAUGCCAGAGGGAUGACAUGUUUGGCAAAGGCCGGCGAUGACUUGACGCUACUCAAGCUGCUCAUGGCCAAUGGCGCUACAGUUACUGCCUCGGAUAUCUUUUCCGCCAUUGGGUUAGAGCAAGUUGAGAAUCUGGAGGUUCUACUCGCCCAGGGCGAUUAUGCCAACUUGAGAAUGCCUGGACUCGGUAAAAUAUGCAAAAGUGGCUCCAGGGGAGUCCGAAUUGUUGAGUCUGAAGUAUCGCCGCUGCUGCAUGUACUUGGCUACGGAACACCAACAAUGUGCAAACCAGAAGACGUCUCCCGGGGCACGCGCAUGGUGAAAACACUCCUCAACCACGGUGCAGAUCUAUAUGCCUACUUCAGUAAAGAUGUGCGAGUGCUGAAAGAGGGAUAUGAUGAGCAUUCAAAUAUGGAUGAAUCAGAAGAGUUGGACGUGUGGGAACCACAAACAACAACAGUCAUUCAUGAGUUUCUGCGCACCGGGCUCCUGAUCGAGCCAUUGUUUCACUUGCCAUUUUUGGAUCUUGAGCUUCGCGACUCCAGCGGUGAAACCUUACUUCUCGCCGCAUGCCGGAGUUAUGAAACAUUGAAUACAGAGAUCUAUUGCGCUCAGGGGCAGGAAACAGUUACAAAAACAGUCCUCCAAGAGCUUAUCGACCGUGGUGCAGAUGUCACCGCGCGAGACAACUAUGGUAAAAACAUUUUCCAUCAUAUAGGACUCUACUAUCCUAGAAAUGAUUUUGCCGAGACUCGCAUGACUAUCAUCGAAAAGAAUCCCAACCUCAUCCAUCAACCCGACCUGGCUGGUGAUACAUUCUUCCACGAAAUCCUGCGUUAG